CCCAAGUCCCCUACACCCACUACACGGGUAGGCGGAGCGUUUGCCUGACUAGGCAGUUAGCUACCCUUGAUAGUUACAUGAGGUGAAUACAUCAGCCAUCCUUUAAAUUCGGGUAUUGGUCUGCUGUCUUCACCAGAAAUUCUUCUUUGCUUUCUCCAAAUCUAACAUUUUAAGGUUGAUAGGUCGAACAAUGAAGAGCGACGUUAGUGGAAUUCCGCUCCAGGAAAAAAAAAACUCUGACAUGGAUACAGGCACUGAUACCACGGAGCGAGAACGGCGACUUUCAGCGGCCAGGAGCCCAGUUCAGAGAUGUCAUUUCCCCCGACCCUGAUGGUAGAUUUCCUGCUGAAAGUGGACGCUACCAUCUCUACGUCUCAUAUGCCUGCCCCUGGGCACACCGUACACUGAUCGUUCGCAAACUAAAAGGCCUUGAAAAUAUUGUGGGAGUAACCGUUGUGCACCCUCAUAUGUCUCUCGUGGAAAGUUGGCGCUUUUACAACAGUGAAGAUGGUGCAGCUGAAGAGGGUUGUGUUCCCGACCCCCUCCAUCCGGGAGUCAAACGAUUGAAAGAACUGUAUCUGAAAGCUGACCCGGAAUAUUCGGGCCGCUUUUCUGUACCAGUUUUGUGGGAUAAAACCAACGGGACUAUCGUCAGCAAUGAAAGCAGCGAGAUAAUUCGCAUGUUGAAUUCCGCAUUCAAUUAUUUGCUGCCACCAGAAAAGCAGAAAAUAGACCUCUACCCACCGAGACUGCAAUUACAGAUUGACUCCGUUAAUCUUCAGAUAUACGAGAAUAUCAACAAUGGGGUCUACAAAUGUGGCCUUGCAAAAGGUCAACAAGCCUACGAUAGGGCCAUCGAAGACCUUUUCACCCAGCUUGAUGCCGUGGAAUCCCAUCUGCAGGUCAAGCAUGAUGAAGGGCCAUUCUACUUCGGGAGAUUGCUCACGGAAACGGAUAUACGACUUUUUGUGACAGUCAUCCGGUUUGACAUUGUUUACUACAACCUCUUCAAGACAAACCGGAAAAUGAUUCGACUCGAUUAUCCGAACAUUCAUCGCUGGAUGCAGAAUCUGUAUUGGAAUAUUUCGGAGUUUCGUUUGACAACAAAUGUUGGCCAUAUCAAGCAGCACUAUUUCAGUUUGACUAUUCUUAACCCCUGGGCCAUUGUACCGGAUGGCCCGUUGCCUGAGGUGGUACCGAUUUCUUGAAUGAUUCCCAGCUUCUCAACUAGCGUUUUUUACGAAUGUCGAGUUCGGAGGUUGCGAAGUUUACGCUAUUUUUCAAAUAUCAGAAAAUUUACUAUAUUUUGCCAG